CACCUGCUAGCAAAAACGGACAAAAAGAUUGUCAGUGAAAACGAAAUAGAUAAGUAAAAGUGUUUUUUAAGGACAAAAGUGAUUUAGUGACAAUGGUAUCCGUUCAGACGAUCGCCACUAUCGUGGUGAAAGUUUUCAAAAUUGUGCUAAAUAUAAUCAUCGUAGUCCUCUACCGCACGGGAUACAAUGGGGAGUUCCUGGGAGUGGGAGGGACGUGGAACCUCAAUGAGGAGAAGAACCCCGAUGCUGAGAUCGUCGCCUCCGGAGUUAUCGUGGGCUACCUCAUCUACACUCUGGUGCAGGUCGUCACGUAUCUCUUUGGCACAACUGAACAUAAGAGGGCUCUAUCAGAAAUAGUGAUGAACUUCGUGGGCGUGUUCCUGUGGCUGGCCGUGGGCGCCGUGGCGCUGCACUACUGGGGCGGCUACCAGGGGGAGCACCAGUUCCAGUUCGUCUUUGCAGAAAAACAAGUCGGGUUAGCAGUUGGAGCCUUGUGCGUGAUCCAGGGCGCCGUCUACCUCCUCGACACAGCACUAUCCGUGAUACAUUUCUCCAAAGAGAUGUAACUUAAGCCUUAGUUAGCUCUAAGUUAAGUUCAAGUUAUGUUUCAGCUCUCAGUUGAAGACAUGAGAGGAAUAAACGAUAAUUAAUCGAUUAUUUUAUAAGUGACGAAAAUAUUUUGGGAAUUAUUAGUUAUAAUAAUUAAUUUCCGAAAUAUUGUUAUAGAUUUUGUGGUAUCAAAAA